AUGUCUGGUACGUGCGUCAUCGCCGCCAUUGCUAUUGUUGUAGCUGUAAAUAGUAUGGCUGACGCCAUUAGACUACGAGAGUACCGACGCCCACAGUGCACACCAGAGCAGACAUGUUCAUACGAAGCUUUCGGCAUGGUAUUCGCACUGUGUGACUGCCCGGGUGAAAACCAGUCAUGUCCACAAGAUGAAGAAAAUGCGGUUGAGCAUCGAGGGACACUAUAUAAUUUUUGCACUACCCGAAACGUGCCAGUGUGCGAAGACGGCCAGAUAUCUACAACAGUAAGCGGAAUUCAGACCGCAAUCUACUGUGUUUGCCCCGAUAGUAAUGAGAUGGUUCAACAACCGACUCAAAUUAAAGAUGUGACGAAUUAUACGUGCCAUCAGCUGUACUCCGAAAUCGACAAAGUUGUUCCAAAUACGAAAAACUACAACACUGGAAUGGAUCACUACAGGUGGUUUACCAGUGAUGCAUGA